AUUUAGUGAACGUUUUACGAUUUGGCAAAAUAUAUUUUGAAAACCAUAAAGAGGGUGUGUAUAUACACUUGUGUAUCGAUCUCGUUCGUCGAAAAGUUAACUAACGUAGCGGAACAACACAUACUCUUGUUGCCCGAGUUGUAUCACACUUGUGCGCCGCUUGAUAAGUCAUCGGGAUCCCAAUUCGCGAGCAGGCUCAGAAAAAUAUUGGUUAUGUUCGCGCGAUUCGGGUGAAAACAAACGAGCGAACGAUGUAGCGCGGUAAGUAAAGCGACGAUGCUGAGAUAAUCAAUCAUGACCCGGCGAUGAUGUCGCGGAAACUUUACGCACAAAAAAUGCACUUGCAGUGAGGAGAGGUGAGCCAUCGUUUCAGACGGGAAGCUUGUUCAUGCAUGAUCAAAUAGAGGAAAAAAAGUUCGCAUAAAUGUACGACGGCGUAAGCAGCAGGUGUAACAACGUCCUCUGCGCGGAACGUCAAAACAAUGUCCGAGGGUUCUAAGAUGGGCCUGUUUGGCUCCAAGGACAGGAAUCAGGAACAAAGAGAGAAAUCUUCCAAGGACAACUCCCCGGCUCGUUAUGCACCAUACGGCGUUGACAGCGACACCGAGACAUACGACACCGAGGCUCUGAGCAUGAUGGAUAUCAACGACAUCAUCGGCGUGCAGUCCGGUGAACAGGUCGGCGACUCGACUUUAGAGAGCGAAAUCGCCGCCCUUUCGCAGAUUAUUACGGAAUCCAAGAUGGAAUCGACCUCGCACUUGGCGGACCCGAAGGCAGAGACGCAGCAGGACGCAUCCGAGGCACCUAGUGCUAAUGUCUACGCCACGAACAUUGAUAAUAUUGAUAUUUCGAAUGUCGACGAGUCCAGUAUUACGUCGGGAAAAUGUGCAGUUAGUGAAAUCUGUGAAACGCAGAAAGCAAUGCUUGGACGUACCCAUAAAGAUGUAAUGUGCGAAGAACUGUCAUUGAUUGCCACAGAGAAGAGUGUUUCGGAGGAUGUAGAAAUGGAUUCUGUAAUUGCAUGUGAUAAAACUUCCGACGUAAAUAUCAACGAGAUAAUCGGUGAUAUUUCUGCGGUUUGUACAGAAUCGUCUUCCAAUGAUACGUCAUGCAUUGAAACUCAUUCUUCAACUGUUACGUUAAGCGAUACUUUACAGGAAACUAAGCAACAAGCAGAUGUUGCUUCUCCCAAGGAUCAUGAGAAUGAUAUUGUUGAAAAGGAUCAAUCAGUUGAUGAGACAAAUAAAAGUCAAAAGACUAAUGCAAAGUCUGUGGUGACUGUUGGUGGUAUUAGUAAGAGUUUGCAAUUGAUAGGAGAAGCGUAUAAUUCUGAGGACUCGGAGGAAACAGAUGUGAACGAUAGCGACUUUUUGAAAGAGACUCCAUCACUUUCUGAAGAAACUUCAUUGCUUGUUUCUACAAUGCAACAAGGAAAAGAAAUUAUUGAAGAAAAUUCUGAAGUAGUAGAUGUAUUGGAACAAAAUACUGAAAAAUCUCCAUUGUUAAAUGAUAAUGCAAGUGCAACUAUUUCAGAAAAAUUAAAUGCAAAAGUAGAAGAUGUUACUGAUAGCCAAACAUCAAAUAUAAGCAUUGAAAAGUCUGAAGAUUCUAGUCAAAGUGAAUUGUUGCAACAAACUUUAAAAGUGCAAGAGAAUAUAUAUGAAUCUAAAUUGAAUGAAGCAGCAAAAACUGACAGUGGGAUAUCAAGUAGCAUGCAUGAACAAAAUGAAAAUAACAUAGAAAUAGAUAAAGGAAAUACAACGGAAGAAAUGUCAUUAGAAUAUAAAUCUUCCAAAACUUCUCAAGAAACUGUAGAUACAUUUGCAAAUACUUCUACUACAUCAUCAAUGGAAAUAAUGAAUAUAGAAGAUUGUCAAAAAAUGGAAACUACAAAUAUUGAUUCAAAAUUAAAUACAUCAGUAUUUAUUCCUGAAACAGCAAAGUUAGAUAGUUUAGUAAUUUCUAAUGAAAAAGAAUUUGAGCCAAAAAAUAUUAAUGACAAUUCUCCUUUCAUUGAUGAUGAUGAUGAUGUAAAGGAUGUAUCUAAGUGCAAAGAUAAAGAUACUCUUUUAGAAUUUGCAAGUGAAACUCAGGAUUCUGCAAUAACUGAAGUGUCUGAUAAGAAAUUAAGAAUAACAGAAAUGAUAAGUCAAAGUGAUAAUUUGCAGGAAGAAAAUGCCAUUAUUGAAAGCUGUCAGACAACACAGGAAAUCACUUCAAUAACGAAUAAAAUUAAUGAUGAAUCUCAAGAAACAGCUGAUAUAAAAACGGAUCUUGCAUCAAUGGCUACAGCUUUUGAUAAUCAAGAUAAAGUGGACUUGGCUAAUGCUGAGGAAACAUCUGUAGUAAGUGAUGAAAAUAUAUUUCAAACUGCUUCAAACAUAAUUAAUAAAGAAUUAGUUUUAAAUGAAAAUACAUCAUUAAGUCAUGUUGAAGAAAAGAAUAUGACAAUUGAACAAUCGUUAAGUGAAGAUUUGCUAGGUGGUGAAAACUUAGAUUUAUGCUCUACAAAUCUAAUAGCACAGAGUGAUACAAAUUCAACGAAUGUCAAUAAUUCUGUGGAAGCAACCAUUCGUACAGAAGAGAAUCUCCUUACAGUUGAAUCAAUAACUCCAGUCAAACAUGAUGAAUCAAUUAAACAACUUCCAUCUAUAUUAGAAAUGUCCGAAAUUAGUAAUAUUAAUGAUAUUGUAUCUAAUAAACUUGAAGCUUUACCUAUUCCAAUAUCGCAUGAAGAUUCAAGUAACACAAUUGAAAAUAUAAACAAACCAUUAUGUGAAACUGAAAAAAUACAAGAUGUAGAGAUGAAAAUAUUAGAAGUAGUGUCUAUGAACGAGAAUCAAAAUGUAACAUCGCCAUUGGAAAAUAAACCACAGCAAAUAUGUGAUCAGUCUGAAUUGCAUGUACCAGAUGAAGAAAGUAAUUCCUGUACAAAUAAUAUGAAAGGAGAUGAUGUAAUAUGUGAUCAAUCUGAAUCGCAUAUAUUAGAUGAACAAAGUGAUUCCAGUGCAAAUAAUAACUCCAUGCAAAUAAAAGAAGAUGAUGUAACGAGUUCCUUGUGUAAUACAACGCAGAAGGAAGAUAAAAUUGGGAAAAAUAUUACUACUGAGAUAUCGAACGAGUCGAAAAUUAGAGAAGACGAAACUUUUGUGCCAAAUUUAAAAGAAAAAGAUAUUGUAGAAUCUGAAAAAAAUACUAAGGCUGAAACUCAUGAAAUGAGCUUAGUUCUAGAAUCUGAUAUUUCCACAUCUGAUGUCCAAGCAGCAAAUUCAAAGAUUGCUGAUUUACAAACUGAUGAAGAAAUGAAACUGCAUGAUGAAAUUGCAAAGAUAUCUGAAGAGUCAAAAGAGCUGUCCAAUGUUAAUGCAACGCCAAUAGAAGAGGAAAGUAUGGAACCAAUUGUAGAGAAAUCUAUUAACGCCAAUGAUGUACAAUCGAACAUUAUUAAUAUCAUCAACAUGUCUUUACUACAAGAAAACUCGAAUGAAAAAACGAAUACGGAAAACUUAAUGGAAAAACUAUCUCAGGAUUCAAAAAGCGUGGAUGCUCCGACCAUUACACAAACUACAAGUACUUUAGAAGGGCUUUUGAGUUUGAAUCUUAUAUCGGAUAAUGAAAGUUCUACAUUAAAGGAUAUUGAAGAUAAAACUUUAAUAGAAGAGACAGUAAGUAAAAAUGUCGAUAUAGAUCUUCUAUUCGAGCGAACAAAUCAAGGCGACACAACCAUGUCGGAAAAUUCAGAUAGUAUAACAAACGUGAUUGCUAGUUUAACUAAUCGAGAUAAUGAAACGAGCGAGGUUGACAUUAAUGCAAUAGUUGAUGAUAAAAUUACUGAGAAUGAAGAUGAUAUCUCACUAAAAACGAAUAAAGACGUAAAUACGGAGUCGGUAAAUGAGAUCACGGAUGAGGAAAAGAUGAAAGAGCCUCUUGAAGCAGAUAAUAGUUUGUCACAGACUGAUUUAGACAUGGAUUUCGAAGAUAAUCGAUUAGAAAUUCGAUCGGUCGAAGAUUUGGAGGAAAGUGAAGCCAAAUUGGAAUUGCCACAGGAUAUUUUGUUAGAGAGCGUAAUGCCGAGAGAAAAUCUUUCCCGAAGUGUCGACACUCCGAUUGUCGAGAACUCGCAAUCAAGUUCAGAGAUAUCCGAAUUGGAGUCUGCGGUGAAGUUCCUGCAGGAGUCCGAGGAGCAAACGAUAGAUUCGCCGUUGGUACUCUCGCCGAAAAUGGUGGAAAGCGUCGUGGAGGACAUAACGAAACAGGCUAAUGCGGACCUUUACGUAUCCGAUGAAAUUGACAAUUAUGCGAAUGCCGAAUCGGAAUUGGCGAAUUUGCGAAACGUCACUGCCGCGGAUUCCAUCUCCAUCUCGGAAGCUGAGAUUAUAUCGGAAGCUGCGAAGCUGGAGAACGAGCGAAAAUUUGCAGCGCAAAUACAAAACUCUCCCGAUAUAGAAGAAAAAGGUGUCAAAGAGAUAAAUGAAGAGAUCAAAUCGAAUGAAGAAACGAAAAGUCACACGUGCUCGAAGAUUUCGUCUGAGAAUGUUCCUUCCGCGCAUACGGAUAGUUCUCUGAAUGUGCAAGUGAUGGAAUCGAUACACGAAGAGAAGAACAUUAUUCCUGAUAUUAGGUCGUUGUCGAGCGAAGGUAUUUUGAAGACAUGCGAGAUGAUCCCGAGAGUGUCGAUACUGGAGGAACGACUGAAGGAGCCGCCGAAGAUCGAAAUACCGGAUUCAGCUAAGGUAUUGGAAUCUUCCAUCAGCUCGAACGAUAGUCUUCUCAUACCGAAAGAUGCGAGAGCUAUCGUCUAUUCGAAGAUGUUGGAAUCACCGAAAUCGGGCGAAAAGGCCGAUACGAAGGGCGUCGAGACGCCGCGCAAAGACUUGGAGAAGCACUCAGAUCCCGAAAAUAUCGGUUCGCCGAGGAUAAUCCUGAAGAUUGCCAAAUCCGCGAUCGCCGAUUGCAGCGAGCCACGAUCGCCGAAGAGUCCGAAGAUUCGUUCGGCCACGAACUCGCCGAAUCCAGAAGACAGUCCAGGUCAGAAGUUGGGAAAGAUCAAAUUGAAAUUGUCGAAAGGUGGUCAUCCCUCUAUAAUAUCCAAUGAAAAUUUUGAGGAGAUCAAUCAGUGGCAUACUGAUAAUGCACCAUCGUUAUCUCCUCUCGGUAUGAAAAUCAAACUGUCCAAAUCUGGGGAUGCCUCUAUCGUCGGUUUGGAGAAACACGAGCAUCCGGACGAGACGAAGUAUAAAAUCGAGGAGCCGAAGAGAACGGAGUCUCCCAUCGGUAUGAAAAUAAAACUAUCUAAAUCCGGAGAUGCUUCGAUUAUUUCCGAUUCCAGGCAGCAGGAUUCCACUAAGGAGGUUCUCACGAAGCACAAGGAAAAAUUGGAGAUACCGCAAGGAAGCCCGAAGAGAACGGAGUCACCGAUCGGGAUGAAAAUCAAACUGUCCAAAAGCGGUGAUGCUUCUAUCAUUCAGACUGACAGGCAGGAAUCUUUAGAGGAAAUGCAUAGGGACAAGCGGACCGAUUCUCCAAUCGGUAUGAAAAUUAAACUGUCGAAAACCGGUGAUGCUUCCAUCGUAUCUCCGGAUGUUUGUGAAGAUGCAAAGGAUUCAUCCAUGAAGGCGAAAGAAAAGCAAGAUAAUUUAGAACUACCGAAGAGAACCGAAUCUCCAAUCGGGAAAAUCAAGUUAGCUAAGUGCAAAGGUGGUGCAUCUAUUAUUUCUGUAGAUAAUACUGAAGAUGUAAAAGAUAAGUUGGAAGUACCCGAACCACCUAAGCGUACCGAAUCACCGCUCGGAAUGAAGAUAAAGUUAUCGAAAACCGGAGACGCAUCUAUUAUACAUUCUGAAGUUACAGACGACUUAAAGGAGACGAGACAUAAAGAUAAAUCUGAGGUAACACAAGAUACGACAAAGACGUCGGAAUCCCUCGGGUUUAAGCUCAAGAUGUUGAAGACAAGUGAGAUGUUGCCUGACACGAUGGAAGAACAAGAUGCGCCUCGAAGUUCCGAAUCAUUUACAGGUGUCAUCCCGAAGAUUAAAGUAUCUAAAUCUGGAGACGCGUUACCUGAUAAAACGGAUACAACAGAAGAUUUGCAGUCACAGGAAGAGCAGGCAGAAGUCCCAAAGAGAACGGAAUCUCCACUCGGCAUGAAGAUCAAGUUGUCCAAGAGCGGCGAUGCUUCUAUUGUACAGAGUGAAACCGUAGCUGAGGAUCAUCAAAAUAAGACUCCGCAUGCAACCGAUACGGAAUACUCUAAAAGCGGUGAUUCGCCUCUAGGGAUGAAGAUCAAGCUGUUCAAGACCGGUGACGCUUCCGUGGUGGAAGCACCAGCUUCUGCUUCCUCAGAGAAGAAGGAUAAGCAACAGAGACGCAGAGAUGCUGCCGAUUCGUCGUUAGAAAUGAAGAUUAAACUGUCGAAGACAGGUCAUGCCACUAUCGUGGCCAGUGAUAAUCACGGGGAAUCUUCUACGCACAAAGGAUCCUCAAAGGAUCCUCAAGCAGCUCUGGAUCCUGCAACGCUGAAUUUUCCUCACAGGUACAUGGAGCAUGCUACAGUGCACAAAGAGCCCACGUUAAAAAUUCUCAAGACCGGUCAUCAUCCGACAAUUCUGCAAGGCAGUCGGUCCGAGCUAACAAUCGAGCCGGUACAGACGCAGAGCAGAAAACAGCCAACGGAGAAUGUUCAACAGUCGAUGGAAAUAUCGCCCAAGCGUAAGGAUGUAACGAUCUCGCCUGUCGAGUGCAAAAAAUCGAAAUUGGAAGCGCAACUCUCUCAGAUCCUGCCGGAAGUUACCAUUCAACCGGUAAUGAGUCGGGAUCAAAAGCAGCAGCAGCAGUCACUAUUGUUUGAUCCGAAGUCGAGUUUAAUCAGUCGACAGCAGAUGAACGUCAUUAACCAAGAGAUCAGUAUUACCCAGGUACGACCUGGAAUGGCGAAGACGGAAAACACGUCAAGCGUAAAUGACAAGCUCAAGGAUCUUCUGUGCAAGAAUACUACAAAUUCGCCGGGCGGCUCGUCCGAUUGCGAGAUCAUUGAGCAUCGUCCGGAGUUGAUAAUCGUGAAUGAGAAUUCUAAUUCCAGCCAGGAUGUCGUCAUUAUAGAGGAGGUGACACCUAACAAAGCGGCCGAUAUUAAGGUGCCGAAGAAGAGAGGAAGACCGCGAAGAAAUCCGAUGAUGGCUCAGCAGCGUGUUCAACAGUCGUCGCCGCAGAUAUUGAUACCCAGGGAUCCCUUGGCCUUGGACGAGGUACAGCAAGUUCCUCCGCAACAGUUGGAACACAGGGAAAACGAGCGGCCUAAGAGAACCUGCAGAAAUCAAAAAAGUUAUGCUCCGCCCAAGAGAGGCAGAGGACGAGGCCGCGGUAAACGGAAACUGGAUAACGUGGAACCCCAGGUUGGAAAGAAGUCUCGAAUAGAUCAAGACUUAUCUGCUAUAGAAGCGUCGACGAUGGCUGUCAUUACUAUCGAUGAAACAACACCGGCGCAGGAAGAUCCACUUCGAAAAUCAUCAGAACUAUACAAGGCACUGAAACAACCGCCUAUAGAUCGUAAGAGUUCGACGAGUCGCAAAGAAGCGGCGAAGAGAGACUCAGCCUUCAAAGCCUCGGAAUCUGAGAUCGCGAUGCAACUAGAUCCUGCCAGAUUAUCGUACGUCCAGGACGAUCCGUCGAGAGCAUCCACGAGUCAAACGUCCACUAUUGAAUCGUUGGACUCGAAAGCUGGCGAGCAGCACAAGAGAGCUGUGUUAGAGAUUGUUUCCGAGAAGACGCAGAAAUCGACGAUGAAGCAGUACGCCGAGAAUAAAGGUAAAACGUCGGAUGGACUAUCGAGAGCGUCUGAAAUUAAGGAGAUACCUGUACCUCCUCCCGGACACUCGAACUGGCUGACGCCGACGUCGAAGAAGCAAGCGGACUCGACGGCCAUCAGAGGCGAAACAGUAUCGACGGUACAGGUGAUAGACGAGGAGACGAGAAUGAGCGCCGAGUCCGGCUCGAGGUCUCAAACACCUGCUAGAAAUAUAUCAGCGCCGGCUUCGGAGACAAUAAUAAAUGAAGAAUCGCAAGGUAGUGUCCUGAGUACUGCUACAACAGAAUCAGAAAAGGUCAAAGUAAAGAACCGAAGGAUGGAAAUUAAUUUUGAUCCUGAUGAAGGACCCUUCACUGUUGAUAAAAUAGCGGAAUAUGAAUGGCCACUGGAUCGAAAGGGUGAAACCUUUAUGAUACAAGAACAGAUAUCACAAUAUCUCGGGGUAAAAUCUUUUAAGCGUAAAUAUCCUGAUCUCAAACGCAGAGUAGUUGAUAUGGAAGAGAGAAAUUAUUUGAGAGAAAAUGCAUUAGUCAGUGAAGCAAUGUGUGACAUGGGACUAACCGCAGUAUGCAGUUCAGAAGUAUUGGAUGUAAUGUGUAGUGAUUUUCCCGAUCAAUAUGAAGAGUAUCGCAAGCAUAUGCGCGAAAAACAAGUCAAGGAGCAUUCCAAGAAGCAAAAGGAAUUAACGGCCGCAGCAAAUGCGGAGAGAAAUAGAAUAGAUCUUGCGGAAAUGGCCGUGCAAUCGGCGUUUGCGUGGAACAGUAACUUAAAUAAAGCUCGCAAAGAGAACCGCAAGUGUUGCUUAGAUCUGCAGACUUUCACAAUUCAUGUUCCGAAGAAGCAACAGAAAGUCGAACAACAGAAUGUUGAAAACAAAGUUGGUCAUUAUCCCGUUGCACUUAUACCAGGACAGUAUACCGAUUAUUAUCGGGAAUAUACACCAGCGGAAUUGAGAUAUUAUCCACUAAAUACGGUCUUGUACGGACCCACGCGGCCCAAUGAACGUAAAUGUGAUAGCCAGUCGGAAGGUUCUCAGAGUGAUAGCGAUAGUGAAUCGUCUUCCGACGACUCAAGUUCGUCUUCCAGCGAAGGUACGCAAGAUACGGAAGGAUCUCAGUCGACUAUGGAUGACGUAGAUAUGGAAAUUUCGAAUUCAAAGGACGAUGUAAAGUUGAAAUGCAAGAUGUGCCUGAAAGUCCUAAAUAAGCAUAACAAGAAUGAAAUAUUAAUCCAAUGCGGUACUUGCAACGGAAAUGUUCAUCCAUCCUGUAUAGAUUUAACAUUGGAUAUGGUUCCGCAUAUUCAGUCGUACGCAUGGCAGUGCACCGAUUGCAAAACAUGUGCGCAGUGUCACGAUCCUGCGGACGAAGAUAAGAUGCUCUUCUGUGAUAUGUGUGAUCGUGGAUACCACAUCUACUGCGUCGGUUUGCGACGAGUACCACAAGGAAGAUGGCAUUGUCAAGAGUGCGCCGUAUGCGCGAACUGCGGCUCGAGGGAACCCGGUGGUGCUAAUUCAGAUAGAAAUAGCGUUGCGCAAUGGCAGCAUGAGUACAAGAAAGGCGAGAAGAAUACUAGAGUGUACGUUUCAACGCUCUGUGUGCCAUGUUCGAAGCUGUGGCGAAAGGGUCGCUAUUGCCCGCACUGCAGUCGCUGUCAUACCGCCCAAAGGCUCGACCUGGAAGCGAAUCUAGUGCAUUGCAGCGCAUGUGACAAAUAUCUGCACUUAGAAUGCGUGGAGACCAAGGGAGUAGCGGUUGACAAGAAAAGUUAUCUUUGUGAUUUUUGUACACCAUCGAGCCGUCAGCAAGUGACGAAACCUUUGGUGUCGAAGAUGCUUAAAACGUGAACACAAUCUUUUCCCUACGAGCAGGAAAGUCCGUCGAGCUGUAUAGUAUUGAUGCAGUAUGUAUUAUAUUAAAGUAGUUAAAUUUUUUUAUUGAAUGUGCGUUUACGAGCGACGAGUAUGCGCAAGAUUUUUCUCGAGUAUUUCAUGACAAGUGGAUCACAUGUACAUAGUCGCGGAAUAAGUCAUUUAACUUCUGAUGCUGAAUUUUUGCUACGUGUAUGUUUAGCACAAGAUAAACGGUGAAUUGCCCGAAAAGACUGAAUAUUUCAGUUUCCAUUAUAAAUGUUUUAUCACAAUUACAAGAUUAUAACAUGCAGAGUUAUGAUAAAUCGUACACUUUUUCAAAAAUCUGACAACUUUUUGAUGAAUUUGAAAUUUUUAAACAUUAUGAGUUCAAGGUGUUGGGUAUUGCUUCUUUUUUUAAUUCUCUCUCUGUACUUGUGUAAUACAAUUUUGUAAAAUACA